CGGCUAUAUUCGUUUCUCAUCUAUAAAUGGAAGUACAUUGAACGUAAUUAGAACUUUCAGGUUUACCCAAAUUUUUCAUGGAAAAUAAUAGUCCAGGCAGGAAUCGCCGCGUUAAAAGAUGCCUUUUUGGUAAACCCGACCAGCAGGAGGUCGAAAAAUGGCUUGAUGAAACCUCUAAAAAACAGUUAAAACGGAGCAAAGAUAAAUGGAGUUACGACUUCGAAUUAGAUGUUCCUGUCAAGGGAGAUAUCGAAUAUGAACCAGUUUCUAUAGAUCAGGUGCCGUCUAUUUACAAACCUCAUAAGAUUGGUAAGAGGAGGCGACGAGAAGUUAGUGAGUUCAAUCCGAACAUUCCAUCGGCUUCAUCAGAAGAGGGCACAUCCGAGGAAGGAUCAGAUAAAUCUCAUCGUCCAUUCACCAGGUCCUGCACAAAGCAAAGUGACAACAAUAGUUUGCAAAAUCGGAAGAGUUUGAAGCAGGCUAAAUUGACCAAUUAUCUUAAAGUUCGUAAGCGGCGUUCGGCGGACUCUCGGGGUAGUAAAGAUGCUGUUACGCCUAUCAAGAAUAUGAAGUCGGCGGCACCCAGCAGCCCGUUCCGAUUUGUGGAGCCAAACGCUGAAUCUGAAGGGGUCAUGGAUGAUGAUUCUCCGAGGAGUUCUUCAGCCAGCCCACCUAAAAGCCCGAGAAAACGAGCUGCUCCUAGAGCCGUGCAUCCACUCCAUACAAAUUUAUUGGAUUCGUACCACUACUGUGAGCAGCUCUCGUUUGAAGUGCUGUCAUUUGCUCGUUCUGCGAUACCAUAUUAUGUACGUCAUGGUUUUAUGAUGAGAAGUCGCUAUAAUGGAACAUAAUCUCUCUUGUAUUGGGAACUUGAUAUUCUAAGUCUGUGAGCAUUCCUGCAUGUAUAUAUAGGUUUUAUAAAACCCAGAUGCCUUAUUCAUUGCACAAUCUAAUAAAAUGUUUGAUCGUGUA